AUGGUAAAUGCACAAGAAUGGUUGAAUAAAAGUUUUCCUAAUAAAAAAGAGGUAAACUGCAUUAUCAGGUUCGGAGACCAACACUUAUUUGGAGAAUUUGGAGAGGCAGAAUAUUUAACUUUGGAAGGCGAAUUAAAAAUUUCUGAUUUUCCUAAACUUACUACUUUAAUAAUAGGCUCGGAAAACCUAACCAGUAUAAAGUUUAUUAACUGUCCUAAUCUAGUUGAUGUAGAUGUUACUUCUUGUCCGGAAUUAAAGUUAAUUGAAUUUCACAAUUCUGGUUCGCAACCCAUUUGUCAGUUAUUUACAAAAAUUCGAGAAAAAGAAUGGGACAGAGUUUGGGAAUUAAGAUCGGAAAUUACUGAGAGUCUAGAAGAAGAAAAGCGCGAACUCCAAAAAGAUAUUUUUUCUCUUCAAGAAAAAAGUCGCUUAGACGGCAAAGAAAUCAAAAGGCUUAAUAAAAAAAAUCAAAUCUUAGAAAAGGAAAACCAGGAACUUUCUAAGCAGUUAGAAGAAACAAAGUUUGAAACAGUAGAUUUAGAAGGAAAGAUUGAAAUCAAAAAAAAACAACUGAAAAGAACAAAAUCUGAUUUAGAAAGGUGUUUUAAAGAAGACAACGCUCCUAAUGAAGACGAAAUUCCAAAAAACAAAAAGGUUCCCCGACCAGGCGGCGGAAGAUGUCCAGGAGAAUAUUGUGGUGCCAUUUUCGGAGAAGAAGAAAAUGAAGAUUACAAUCGCAAAAAUCUCCAAUCCGAAAUCCAAAAAGCCAUUCAGGAAAUAGAGGCCGGGCUCCAAGAAGAACCAGUUAUUACUAGCGAAGAAUUAGACGCUGAUUCUCCUAUUGGCUGGAAAGAAGAAUUAGAAAAUGUUUCUGGUCUUGCUGACCUUAACAACAAAAAGGAAAUUAUUUUGAGGAUCAUUAAAAAAAGGAGAACACUAAAAAUACAACAGCAACCAUUGAAAAUUUUCCUCCAACAAAUCAUUCAACAAAUUAAAAGUGAACUAAACAAAAAACCUAGUUUAGAAAAUCACGAACUAAAUGAACCAAAUUGA